AGGGUGAUCGAGAAGAAGCAGAAUGCUGUGGACGAUUGCAUUAGGAUGAUGACCUCGAACAUUCUUCAGAAGGAGAGGGCUCAGCACAGCGAGCAGUCGGAGCAGCUUAGCUUCCUGCUGAGUGAGAAUGUGGCCCUGCAGAAGGAUAAGGACGCCCUGCAAGCGAGAGAGAGUGACAUUUUUGCUGAGAUGGAUAACCUGAAGAAAGAUCUCAACGGGAUCACCAAGGAGAGUUUCACCCGCAAGAAGGAGGUGGAGCAGCUGACGAAGAAGUGCCGGCAGCUGGAUGUGAAGCUAAAGGACUCUAGCAUCAACCACCAGCACAUGAUGGCUGAGGAAGAGACUCUAAGACAGCGCCUGGCCUCUGUGUCCGAGGAAUGCCGUCAAAAAACAGCCGAAGUAGGUCCACUUAGGGCUGAGCUACAGAGGGAGAGGAGCAGGAGGAGGCAGCUAGAUAGCGUCAUGCAGGAAGCAGCCAUCAUUCUCAGAAACAUCCUGGAGGACUCAGAAAAGAGGUCUGAGACUCGAUGGAAGAUGCAGAGACUGCUGGAGGUCCUAGAGAGCACCGCCCCCCCGGGAGCAGACUCCGCCCUCAAGGACUCCACUGACAAGAGUAGUCGAGGACAGAAGCCGCUGGCCUGUGGCCCUGAACCAGCCAGAGCAGAGACCCCGAACACAGCCACAGAUCCAUUGUACCUGAUGGCCCGCUACAGGCCAGGUGACCUCGGCCUCGUACCUCGACCUACGUGGAAACACAAAUCAGCCUUCUCCAGGACUGGUGCUCCGUCCACCGGCACCCAGCUGCCUCUCAACAGGAAACUCUGCAGUCAGAAGACAUCCAGCUCUGAUGAGCCGUCUGACCAAUCUGAUGCGGCUCCUCAACAGGCUGAUUCAGAAGCAGGAGCCUCCACCUCUGCAGACUGCUGAACCAGAUCCAGAAGAAAGAUGAAUGUUUUUCAUCCCGCCUCAACAAAAUUCAAAAUAAAGGUUUCAGUCACUUUAAUCUUGAUUCUGUUCUGCUUGCUGAUCUUUUUGUAGUUUUGUACAUACUUACUGUAUUUACAUAUUGCAGAUAUAUAUUUUUUUAUUACUGCUACAGUGGUCUCCAGCCACUGUUCAGUACUUUACAUUAAAUGGCUGCUCCUUC